CGAUGUUAACAUAUCGAUGUAAGUUUUGAUGCAACGUCAGCAGAACUUUUUUUGGGUAGCCUUUAUACCGGGAGGAAAGAGUCCGUGUUUCGUCUCUUUCAGUUUUAGACCGGCGACCGAUUUCAACGUGUUCUUGAGAUCAGAGCAGCGCCAAUUGUCAAAUAAUCAUUCAUCUAGACGAGAGAUUAUUGCCACAAUGAAAUUCCUUUUGCUGUUAGCGUUCGCCGUCUUGGUGAGGACUGAUGACAUCAAAAAAGACCAAGGAGUCCUGGUUUUAGAGAAAGACACCUUCCAGUCUGCUAUUACUGACAACAAGUUCAUCUUGGUUGAAUUCUAUGCCCCAUGGUGUGGUCACUGUAAAGCAUUGGAGCCGGAGUACAUCAAGGCCGCCCAGAAGCUGAGAGAUAUCAAUUCUGACAUUCAGUUGGGCAAAGUUGAUGCAACUGAGCAAGCCGAACUCGCUGAAGAAAACAAAAUUCGCGGUUACCCCACUCUUAAAUUCUACCGCGACGGAAAGCCUUCAGACUACAAUGGCGGUCGUACGGCUGAUGAAAUCGUCAACUGGUUGCUUAAGAAAACUGGCCCUGCUGCCAAAGCUAUUGCCACCGUUGAUGAGGCCAAGGAGUUUGCUUCAGCCAGCGAUGUUGCCGUUCUCGGUCUCUUCAAGGAUCUUGAAUCUGAUGCCGCCAAGCAAUACCUAGCCGCUGCUCAGGAAGUCGAUGAUUUCCGAUUUGCCAUCUCUGCUGAUGCUGAUGUCCUUAAGGAGUACGAAGUUUCUUCCGAUGCUGCUGUCUUCCUCCUCAAGAAGGUCGAUGAUCCCAAAGUUGCUUUCGAUGGUGAAUUCACUUCAGAAGCUAUCGUCAAGUUUGUCAAGACCGAAUCUUUGCCUUUGGUUAUUGAAUUCAACCACGAAAGCGCACAGAAGAUCUUCGGCGGAGAGAUCAAGAACCACUUGCUCAUCUUCGUUGGCAAAAGCCACGCUGAUGCCGAGAAAAUCACCCAGGCUGCCCGUGAUGUUGCCAAGCUCUUCAAGGGCAAGGUCUUGUUCGUCACAGUCGACACCGAUGAGGAUGAUCACCAACGUAUCCUCGAAUUCUUCGGCAUGAAGAAGAGCGAACUCCCCGCUAUGCGUCUGAUCCAUUUGGAAGAGGAGAUGACCAAAUACAAGCCUUCUUCCGAGGAACUCACCUUGGACGCCAUGAAGGACUUCGUUCAGGACUUUAUCGAUGGCAAAGUCAAGCCCCAUUUGCUCUCUGAAGACAUUCCGGAAGACUGGGAUAAGACUCCCGUCAAAACCCUCGUUUCCAAGAACUUUGAUUCCGUCGUUUUCAACAAGGAUAAGGAUGUUUUGGUCGAAUUUUACGCUCCAUGGUGCGGACACUGCAAGCAAUUGGUCCCCAUCUACGACGAACUUGGUGAGAAGUACAAGGACCAUGAAAGCAUUGUCAUCGCCAAGAUGGAUUCAACAGCCAACGAAUUGGAGCACACAAAGAUCCAAUCUUUCCCCACAAUUAAGCUUUACCAGAAGGGAGACAACAAGGUUGUCGAGUAUAAUGGUGAGCGAACUUUGGCCGGCUUGAGCAAGUUCUUGGAAACCGGUGGUACUUAUGGGCAGGCCGCUCCAGAGGAGGAUGAGGAAGAGGAAGAGAAGGAUGUUCCAGCCAAGGAUGAAUUAUAAAAUGUAUUGGGGUUUGAAUCACUAUUUGGGGAAAGGGUGCGGGUCUGUUGUGUUGCGAUGUUUUUCUUAAAUGUACGUGAUUAACGAACACCUAAAAAAAAAGAUUUAAAAAAAUA